UCAAAGCCAAAAUAAUCUGUGCCAAUAAGGUAUUCCUUUAAUGAAAUAAAAAAAAAUGACUAAAAAUUUUAAAGAUAAAUUAGGUGAAGGGGGUUAUGGGUCAGUGUUUAAAGGAAAGCUUCGUAGCGGGCAUCAUGUGGCAAUAAAAUUGUUGGGUAAGUCAAAAGGUAAUGGCCAAGAUUUCAUAAAUGAAGUUGCUUCUAUUGGGAGAAUUCAUCAUGCUAAUGUGGCAAAACUUAUUGGAUUUUGUGUGGAGGGAUCAAAGCAAGCUCUGGUAUAUGACUUCAUGUCUAAUGGAUCUUUAGAUAAAAUCAUAUUUACAGAAGAAAAUAAGAACACUUUGGGCUGGAAAAAGAUGUUUGAUAUUGUGCUUGGGGUGGCUCAAGGAAUUCACUACUUGCAUCAAGGAUGUGACAUGCAAAUUUUACAUUUUGAUAUCAAGCCACACAAUAUUCUUCUUGAUGAGAAUUUUAAUCCAAAAGUUUCUGAUUUUGGUCUUGCUAAAUUGUAUUCAGUAGAUGAUAGUAUUGUCUCUCUCACUGCGGCAAGAGGAACGAUAGGAUAUAUUGCUCCUGAAUUGGUUUACAAAAAUCUUGGAGGCAUCUCAUACAAAGCCGAUGUUUAUAGUUUUGGAAUGUUAUUGAUGGAAAUGGUUGGAAGGAGAAAGAAUGUGAAUGCAUUUGCUGACCACACUAGUCAAAUAUAUUUUCCAUCUUGGAUUUAUGACCGAUUGGAUCAAGGAGAGGACUUGGAGUUGGGAGAUGUUUCUGAAGAUGAAAAAGCAAUGGUAAAGAAAAUGAUAAUAAUGACCUUUUGGUGUAUACAAUUACUUCCUUUGAUCGUCCUUCAAUGAGUAAGGUCUUGAAGAUGCUUGAAUCGAUGUUAAACUCCUUGAGAUGCCUCCUAAACCAUUCCAUCAACUUCCUCUAGAAACAUCAAUGGAGGUUCAUAGCUGUGAGAAGGUCUUGAAGAUGCUUGAAUCUGAUGUUGAACUCCUUAAGAUGCCUCUUAAGCCAUUCCAUCAACUUCCUCUUGAAACAUCAAUGGAGGUUCAUAGUUGUGAGAACUCUAAUGAUGAGUCAAAUAUAUCAUUGGAUACUGGUACCAUAACAAGUUGAAAUAUUGUAUGAGGUUAGAAACAUUUCACUUCAUUUUAGAUUUAUAUUAUUUUGCCUUAUAUAUUACUUUACAUUAAUUAUAUAAAAUAAAAUAAUACUAUUUAAUAAA